AUGGAAAGAGAUCCCUUUUAUCAUAAUGAACAUUAAAAUGAAUUACAUCCAUACAAACCAAGUAACUAUUGAUAACAAAAUAAGUUUAGGAAUAAACAUUCUUUGAAAGAUUUUCAUAUAAAUCUUUAACAUUCAAAACUACUGUUGUUUAAUUCAUUAUAUUCUUUUUAACUAUUUUUCAUACUGUUUAUUUGACUGAAAAAUAUUUGGAUGAAGAUGAAGAUGAAUCAGAUAUUUAUAGUUUUGAAUGUGUAUUAUACACUUGGGGUUCAAAACAUACUCCAUCAAUUGUAUACCGUUUUUAAUUUUGGAGAUUAGUCUGUCCUAUAUUUCUUCAUGGAUCCUUUUCUCAUAUUAUAGGCAAUAUGGCUGUUUAAUUAUAUUAUGGAUUUAUUUUAGAACUAACUCAUGGUUGGAGAAGAGUUUCAAUUCUUUAUAUUGUGGGUGGAAUAGGAGCUUCUUUGUUUUCAUGUGUUAGAUUUUAUUAUGAAACAUCAGUUGGUGCUAGUGGAUCUAUUUUUGCUUUAUUAGCACUUGAAUUAAUCUAUUUUAUAACUGCAUUUCCUGGAAUUGAACCAAAAAGAAUUGUUGUAUUCAUUUUAUUAGCUCCCAUGAUAUUUUUAUCAUUUAUUGACGCUCCUCCUUAAGUUGAUAUUGCUGGUCAUUUAGGAGGACUUGUUGUAGGAUUACUUAUUGGAAUUGGAUAUGCAUUUGCUGAUGCAUAAAGCAAUUUGUAUUUAUCAUUAUAUAUAUUCAUAGAAAAAAAUAAUUUUAAUACAUAUUUUAUGGUUUGGUUGGACUUCUGUUCAUUUAUAUUUUCAUAAUAUUAUAUCAAAAUAAAUUAGAAGAUGAAUAAAUAUGCAAAGGAAUGAAUAUUAUUUGA